CGGCAUAGUGCUUUGUCUUGUUGCAAGCUCUUUGGUUUAGUUCGUUGGUGUGUGUAAUCAGCUAAAAUGUUGUUUUGCGAAAAUUUGUGUGUGACAUUCUCCAGAUUGUAGAACUGAAGCCAUGUUCCAGGAACCAACUAUAUGGAUAAAAAAAGAAGAAACGGAUGAAGUACAAACUGAGUUAUGCUCUAUGUUUCUUGAAGACCCAUUAAAGACUGACAGCCCUAGUGUUUGGGUAAAGCAAGAUCCUGAACUGAAACAAGAUGCUGAUGGAUCUGAGCAUAAUCCUGUUAAAGACCCACUGGGAAUAUCUUGGUCCACUGAUUUUAUCAAGAAGGAUCCUGAAUUAAAUUUGGAAAUGAAUGUAACAGAGAAUAUUGUGGAAACCUCAACAAGAUACACAUCCGAUGCAGCAAGAUUGACUCAGAGUACUGGUGAGAGGUGUGGAGUAUCAUGUGAAGAAACUUGUCACCAUAGACAGGAUGAGUUUGUGAUAGACAUGGAGAAGUCAACACACGAGUUUGGUACCUGUACAGAAGAUGUGACUGUUGAUGAGGAAUGCUCAGUUGCCACCAGAUAUGACUGUAGUACGAGGGAAAAGGAAUUUCAUGUAUAUAGCUGUAAUUCCUGCCAACAGAGCUUUCCUUCAAAAUACAGACUCAUAAUGCAUGUGUUUAUGCACAUUGAUGGCACACAACCACCUUUGUAUGAUUGCAAGUGGUGUGGUGAGGUAUUUCACAGUAAUGUUAGUUUGAAAAAACAUUUAAGAAUGAGUGAGAAAUAUCAUGUCUUAAUUGCUGGCAACCAUGAAAAAUAUGGCUAUAUUGAUCAGCAUCAAAGCAGUAUCUUCUUGGAUAGUUUGCCAGAAGUUUCUGCUACACAACACAAUGAGCAGUCUUCAUGUAAGGAAACUUGGAAAGCUUCAAAGAAGUCCUCUAAUGACAUGUGUAACACACACAUGACAAAUGAUACAGAGAAAACAGUUGAUUAUGGAAAUUUAUCUACAGCUGUUAAUGUCAGUGCCCAGGCUGAUCUAAUUACUGCAAACAGAACUGACAAAUAUGGUAUUUAUGGCAACUUGUUUGGUAGGUCACAUCAUCUCAAGAGAGAGAAACUAAUUCACAUGGGAAAGAAACCCCACAAAUGUGAGAUUCGUGGGGAAUCGUUUGCUCAGUCAGGUCAUCUCAAUACACAAACAUUAAUUCACACUGGAAACAAACCACACAAAUGUGGGAUUUGUGACAAAUCGUUUGCUCAGGCACAUCAUCACACGAAUCAUGUCGUAAUUCACACUGGAAAGAUAUCUCACAAAUGUGAGAUUUGUGGGAAAUCAUUUGUUAGUGCAGGCGGUCUCAAGAUGCAUGGCUUACUUCACACUGGAAAUAGACCGCACAAAUGUGAGACUUGUGGGAAAUCUUUUGUUAGGUCAGGCGAUCUCAAGAUACAUGGAUUAAUUCACACUGGAAAGAAACCUCACAAAUGUGAGAUUUGUGGGAAAUCUUUUGUUAGGUCAGGUGAUCUCAAGAUACAUGGAUUAAUUCACACUGGAAAGAAACCUCACAAAUGUGAUAUGUGUGGGAAAUCUUUUGCUCAAACAGGCAAACUCAAGAGACAUUCUUUAAAUCACACUGGAAAGAAACCUCACAAAUGUGAGAUUUGUGGGAAAUGUUUUACUAUGUUAUGCAAUCUCAAGAUACACUUACUAAAUCACACUGGAAAUAAACCUCACAAAUGUGAGACUUGUGGGAAAUCUUUUAAUAGGGCAGGCAGUCUGAAGACACAUAGGUUAAUUCACACUGGAAAGAAACCGCACAAAUGUGAGUUUUGUGGGAAAUCUUUUGCUAUAGCAGGUAUUCUCAAGAGACAUUCUUUAAUUCACACUGGAAUGAAAGCUCACAGAUGUGAGAUUUGUGGGAAAUCUUUUGCUAGAGCAUGCAGUCUCAAGAGACAUUCCGUAAUUCACACUGCAAAGAAACCUCACAAAUGUAAGAUUUGUGGGAAAUCUUUUGGUUUGUCAAGCUAUCUCAAGGCACAUACAUUUAUUCACACUGGACAGAAACCUCACAAAUGUGAGUUUUGUGGGAGAUGUUUUGCUUGCUCAAACACUCUGAAGACACAUGAAUUAAUUCAUACUGGAAGGAAACCUAACAAGUGUGAGAUUUGUGGGAAAUCUUUUUCUAGAGUAGGUGGUCUGAAGAGACAUACAUUAAUUCACACUGGAGAGAAACCUCACAUAUGUGAGAUGUGUGGGAAAUCUUUUGCUCAGCCAGGCAGUCUCAAGAGACAUUCCGUAAUUCACACUGCAAAGAAACCUCACAAAUGUCAGUUUUGUGGGAGAUGCUUUGCUUUGUCACACAAUCUCAACACACACGAAUUAAUUCACACUGCGAUAAAACCUCACAAAUGUGAGAUUUGUGGGAAAUCUUUUACUGUGUUAUGCUAUCUCAAGAAACAUGUAUUAAUUCACACUGGAAAGAAACGACACAAAUGCGAUAUUUGUGGGAAAUCUUUUGCUAGUUCAGGCGAUCUGAAGACACAUGUAUUAGAACACAUUGGAAGGGGACGUCACAAAUGUGGUAUCUGAGCCAAAAGUUUCACUCAAGACACAUGCAUUACUUCACAUAAGAAAGAAAGUACAAGUAAGUGUUAGUUUACGCAAAUAGGUUUUCCUGGGUUGUGCCCUCAAGGCCUAUAAAAUAAUGGAUGUAACAGGGGGACAAUAAAUUAUAAUGCUUGUGAAAUAAGGUUAAAAUGUGUUAGAAACAAAAGUGUGCAAUGAUGCAUACUAUAGAGUGGUAACACAUAAUGUGACAAUAUAAAAAUCCAUAUCAGCAGGUUGAGAUGUCAAGAAAUUCUAUUACUAAAUACUCCUGAAACAUGAAUCAAAUGUGUUUUUGUCAUUAACACUACAGUUUUUCCCAGUUGAUACUAAGACAAAAAGAUUGUGAAUUGUGAUAAAUCCUUACCUUCUUCAGUAAUCAUAAGUACCAUGCAAUAUUCAGUAGAAGGCUAAGAAAAUGUGACGACUUCCUGCUUGUUAUUCGAAAUGUAGUCAUCAUGUAGUACUUGUAGCUCUGCAUUUUAGAAAGGUGAGAGCAAGAAUGUAUUUAUAGCAUUUCUUUCACUCAGAAUAGUAAACUCAUAACUGGAGAAACAUAAUUAUGGCAAUUAUUUUACUCAGCUAUGUUUUCUCAAGAGAUUUGCUAUAUGUGUUAUUAAUAGUGUGUACAUUUAUGUUCUGUUAUUACUAAUCCUGUAUUAGUAAACUGAACAAGAAAUAUAGCAACAUGCUUACUAGUAUGAUUGUCCACAUUUGGAACAAAAUACAUUGACAGUUCUACAUGAUAUGGACUUGACAUGUUGUUUUCAUGUUUCUGGAUGUAUAUUGCACCAGUUGUAUUCCACACAUUCAAAUCAGCUAUGUGGUCGAGACAUCAGUGUUGGUUACCAUGCUACUCAGACCACUGUGGAGUCGUUCUGCACAUGACAUGGAUAGUUAUCCUGCUGAAAGCUGCCUUCACUGUGGGAGAGCACAUCAGUCAUGAAGGAAUCCUUGUAGUUGCAAUAAAGAUCACAUAGUCUGCAACUGUCAUUUUGCCAUCAGUUAUUACCAGAUGUCCCAAAGCAGCCCAUAUCAUAAUGGACCCCCCCCCAUCUGAUGCCAUUCACCUAGUUGACUGCAUAUCUGGAUGUGGCAACUGACCUGGUGUAAUAGGAAAUGUCACACAUCCUGACAGUUGCCAGUUGGCAGUUGACAUUAGCAUUGACCUUCAUUCCAGCCUCAAUGAUCCCUUGCCCACUGCAGUUGCAAUUGAACACUUUGGUGGAUUGGAAGAUAUGCCACAUUGCCAGCUUUACAGAACAGGUAAGCUUCUGAUCUCCAUGAUUUGUGAUGAAGUAUAUAAGUAUUACAUCUUUUCAUAAGGUUAUGGAUUUAUCACCUUUCAGCCACUUUCCGCAGAUGUUCACCACUUUUGAGGUGCUAGUUGCCAACUGCAAUGCCACCAUAACCUGCCCUUUGCUAAAGUUACUUAUCUCAUUGGAUUUACAUCUUCGCAACCCAUCUAAUUGAUAGAACAAUUCCUUCUUAAUAUCUGAUCUGCUAUACUUGUAAUCUGCGUACUGCAUCAUGUGUGUACAACAUGGUAUUCAUUCUCCUCUCGGGCAGUGUUCAUGACAUUUUUGCUCAUCAGUGCAACUUCAUGUAAACUGGGCAGAUGCGAGAAUGUGUAGUCUAACAAAAUCAUUGUGCUUGGUUACCAUUUACACCAGUGUACAAUAGCUAUAUUUUUGUGAAAUUUUUUUGUUUCACAAAGCUCUGUACUUGAUUAAGAGAUAAUGUAGAUAAGUGUUAUGCACCAAAGCUCCUAAUUAUUUGUUCAGCAUGUAAUACUGUGUAAGUUUUACACAAAAUGAAAUCGAAAACCAAACAUUAAGUGUUACAGUUCGAUUUCAUUCAUUUGUAUACACAAGAACAACACCUGGGAGAGCUGAGGGCAUGAGUACUAAAUAUGUCUUGUGUUAUAUUAAAAGACGUUCACAUUCUGGAUAUUUUUCUUAAUUUGUGUAAAUAAA